CCAAGUGUGCCACUAGAUGCACAAAUCUUCGAUGAAAUUAAAAGGGUCCACUCUCAAGAGGGGUAAUUUAAUUCAUUGGAUCUUUGUUAAUUACUGGCACUAUAAAUAAGUGGCACAAGUUUAUUUGUACACUCAUUAGGUAACCAAGAACAUGACCCUUUGUCCCUAAAGAAGACAAGUUUACCACCCACUUAUCUGCCUUUUCCUAACACAACAAAAUAUCCCUCUUUAUUAUUCUACCUCUCUUGAUCACUUCUUUAAUUCCACACAAAAAUUUUAUGCCCUUUCACUUGCAUUUCUUUUGACAUUAAAAACUAGUGCUAGAUUUUGUUAAUUGAUCUCAUCACUUUCCUAUUCCUAAUGACUUUGGCAAACAGGAUCACCAUAUUUCUGCUUAGGCUUUUAGCCUUGGGGGCUAGUGUUGCAGCCAUCAUUAUCAUGGUCACUAGCCAUGACUCUGCUCAAGUCUUGGGCAUGACCUUUGAAGCCAAAUUUUCCAAUACGCCAACGUUCAAGUACUUUGUUGGAGCGAAUAUACUAGCAAGUGCCUAUUCCCUCAUAGUUCUCUUUUUCCCUACCAAGAAAUUGCUGGGACGCAUUCUGCUUAUUUCAGAUAUACUUAUGACAUUGCUUCUGGACUCAAGCAUAUCAGCAUGUUUGGCAAUAGCUCAAGUGGGGAAAAAGGGAAAUAGUCAUGCAGGUUGGCUACCAAUUUGUGGGCAAGUUCCAAAGUUCUGUGACCGUGUUUCUGGAUCUCUUAUUGCUGGAUUUGCAGCUGCUAUACUAUAUUUCCUUCUUCUUCUUUUCUCUUUUCACAGUGUUCUUAAUCUUUACACACUAAAAGCUUAGACUCCUCUAUCAUGGAGUUUUUACUUUUUGCUCCUCUUAAAAAACAUCGUUUACCCUAUUUUUGUACUAAUUUAUGUGUUUACAGAUGAAUGCUAUAUGUAGUUGAAAUAUUAUAGUAUGAAAAGAGGAUUUGAAGACA